AUGAAACGUAUACACAGAAAUGCCAUACUCCAAACGCUGAUUUUCGUAUGCCUAUUGGUAUUAUAUUGCUUCCUGCAGUUUCCAAUUGAGAAACCUCGCCCAAUUCUAAAGGACUAUGAGCCAAAGGUUCCAGUGAAUAUGGGCUCGAUUCUAGAGCAGAGGGUACGAGCAGAUCUCAGCAAACAGAGCUCGUCACAUUCCAAGAUCAAGAUCUCUCACUUAAUGGAUAAUGACGAGAAUUUACGCACCUUCGGCUUCAAUGUUGAGCUCAGUAACACACUCUUCUAUAUUCGAAAAUUGCCCGAUGCUCGCAGUGGGAAGUGCAAGAAACAGCGUUACAAUCUGAAGAAGAAACCGGUCACAGCGAGCGUAAUCAUUGUUUUCCACAAUGUGCCCCUAUCGAUGAUCCUGCGGACGGUGCAUAGCGUAGUAAAGCGUAGCAGCAAGGCUUUGCUUCGGGACAUCAUCCUGAUCGACGAUGCCAGCUCCCUAACGCAGUCGCGGGAACAACUGGAGUAUUAUGUGCGGACUCGAUUCAGUAAUAUCGUGCAGAUCGAGCGCAAUAGGAAGAGGCUGGGUAUGGCGCAAUCACGUCUGAGAGGCUCCCAGAGGGCGAAUGGUGAGAUCUUAAUAUUCAUGGAUGCCUACUGUGAGCCCAAUGCAGGAUGGUUGGAGCCACUGCUAAGCCGCAUCCAAGAGAGUCCAACUAGCGUAGUAAUGCCGACACUCGACCAAAUCAAUGCCACGGACUUUUCAUACAAGAAAAGGAUUAACACCAUCGGCGGAUUCAACUGGAAAGGCGACUUCCUCUGGCUCCCACUGUCUAAGAAGCGCCGUCAGCAAAUAAAACUCAACUGCACGCAAUCGCUCUCCACAUGCCCCAUCAGCAGCCCUACAAUUCCGCCGGGCAGUGUCUACGCCAUCGCACGUAUUCAGUUUCAACAAUGGUCCUACUUUGAUGAAUCGGUCGUGAGCUCGGGGGGAGACACCCUGGACAUGUCAUUCAGCAUUUGGCUUUGUGGAGGCCAAAUCGAGGUGUUGCCCUGCUCCCGCGUAGGUCGCGUAGUCCUAGACCACAGAUUUGAUUUCGAUAGGUAUAAGUAUUUACCCAAGUUCAGUGAGGAAGAUCGCGGAAAUGUAGCCGUCAGCUGGUGGGAAAAAUAUCAAAAUAUAUUCUUCAAAUACUACCCGAAACUGAACCCUGAUAUGUUCAGAGAAGUGAAGGCCAGACGUCACACCAUUCAAGACUUUUUAAAUUGCAAGAGCUUCAACUGGUACCUAAAGCGUGUUUACCCCGAUAAAUAUUUGCCAAAACGUUUUCAGGAACCAAUUGGCAGGUUAAAAUCUGGAGCUAAUAAACAGUGCCUUACUGAUAAAUUCAUGGAAAACCCGUCAACGAACAGCAGCAUACAGAUUGCAAAAUGCAAAAGAAAAUUCGAUCCCACCCAGAUAUUCUUCUUCUCCAACUCAAGUCAGUUACGAACGGAAUUCAACUGUCUGGUUGUCAACCAGCAGUCCGCCGAUCCGAAACUGGUGGAGCUCGUUCCCUGUGAUGAUAUAGCCAAAAAAUAUCUAAGAACUUGGACUAUGAGAGGUUCCUCCAUCAGCAUGCAGGUGAAUCAUCGUACCAUGUGCCUCGACCAAAUCAAACAGCGGAAAAUCUCAGCGACAGUGCCUGCCCUGAUGCCGUGUAAUAAGAGCAGCAGAACCCAGUACUGGAUCAUCAGUGCACCGAAAAUGAUCGUCAAAUCUCGGUCCCGAAGUAGGACAUCGAUUAAGUCAAAACAGAUGAUUAAAUUGACUGCCAAAACCGGAUUGAAAACACAAACGAAACGGAAGAAGAAGCGCCAUCGCAAAACCUGGUCCAAGGACAAAAAUCAACAAAAGAUCUUAGCUCCGGAAUCCGUGAAAGCUAAUGUUACCAUCACAACUAAGUCUCAAAAGCAAAUAAAAGAAAACAUACUUUAG